GUGUAGUUAAGAAUCUGCAGUCUGUUAGUGACUUAAAUUUGAAGAAUGGAGAAAAUCGAGACUUUUAAAAAACGGGCCGGUACAACUGACAAAGGCAGAGAUUAUGAAGAUGUGGUUCUCGCCAAUGUCGUACUAAGACUAUUAAACGACCCCAGAGUAAAAACGUUCCAGAUCUCAUCAAACGAUGAUGAUUUUGGAGCGUUUGAUGAUCUGGUCAUUAAGCUUGCAUCGGAUAAGGAAAACGACAUUCAAGUUAAAGCGGUGCAGUUAAAACACACCGAGAGGAAAGUACUCUGUCUAGAAAAUUUGCGAACCGUAAAAGGAGACUUCAGUAUUAAAAAAUACUACAAAAGUUACACAGAAAUUGAGAAACAAAUAGAUGAACUGAUUUUGUUCACAAAUAGGCCGUUUAAUCCUCCCGACAACGCAACCUUCCAACUUGAGGGCGAAGGAUUUUACGUCAAGCUUAUUAAAAGAGAAGUUAGCUCAGACAUUUCAGAAAGUAUUAGUCGCGUUUAUCAGUUUGAAAUAGUAGAUGAUCAAUCGACAGUGGAGAACUUUCAAGGAUAUCAGGAAUUUUUUCGCAAGUUUUUUCUCUAUACCGACCAAGAAAAUUGUGAUACUCUAAAAAAAAUAACUGCUAACAAAUUCAAGACAACAUAUUGUUCAGAUGACGAAACAUUCGGUAAAUUUCUAAAAACAGUUUCUGAAUGGAAUGUCCAAGAUGGGAAGAAAGAAAAGAUUGAUAAAAAGUGGACACAGCUUGUACUUGCACUACACCUUCUGUCCUCUCAUACUGAGUUUCUAUCUUUCGGUCCAGUUAAUGACAAAAUGAAAAUUUUUCGGGAAGCGAUUUCCUUCUUUGAUGUCACAAUGAUCGAAGACAAAUCGGUCGAAACGGUUAAGCAACUGUGGGGUGAUGUUGGAAAGGAAAAACCCAUUGAUUUUAAGGAAUUAAAUAAAGUUAGAAGGAGAUAUCUACCUACUCUCGCACAUAUUAAAGCCAACGACAUCGGCACCAUAGAUCCCAAAGAGUUCACUCAACUGUUGUGGGUAAUGGACGAAUGUCCAUUAAUUUUACGUGAAUGGGAAAGGAUGAAAAAUAUAAUACAGCUGUGUCCCCACAAAAAAUUCGUUUUGGUUGGCGGAACUAGAGAUGAGGAAUGGCUGGAAAACUAUUCCGUGUUCCAAAAUCUGUCAGACUUGAGUCUGAAGCCCGAAAUUCGUAAAAAUAUAAUGCAAAAUUUUACCAUUUCGAUUCAGGGAAAGGGCGAACUUGAUCUUGUGACAUCUUUUGGUUGGAAUGAAGAUUUUUUCAAAAAUGUUAGAACUGAUCACCUCGUGGAAAUGCUGGAUGGUACAUGUUGCAUAGGAGGAACAAAGGAAACACUACCCGAACCUUAUAUAGAACGCUAUAUUUCGCGAAAUGUCGUUGAUAACACAUAUUUAGAAAAAGUUCACGAAAACACAAUUAUUAUUUUAAAUUCUGACAAUAACUUAGACAAAGUUAAAAGCAAACUCGACAAAUGUGAAUUGAUUGAGAUUAAUAAUUUCUUACUCAAAAAAAAUCAGAAUGGCGAAAUUCUAACAAAUAAUGACUUUAACGUUAAUGAAUCUAACUUUAAUAACAGAAAUUACGUAGGUAACAGAAAAAAAAAUGAGUUAAAUUCUAAUCUAAACGACAACAAAUAUAAUUCUCGUUUUGAUAAGUCAAGUUUUGCCAACACAGUUUACGUUGGUUCUAGGUAUUAUAAUAAUUCUGAACUUCAACAAAUUUAUAACGAGCACAAAAAACAAAACAAUUUCAUUAUUUUAAAAUUUUGAAUGAUGGAAAUUUAGAAUGGCUAUGUAGCAGAGGUGAUGUUAGUGAUGUAGAGCCUUAUAAAUUGCCUGACGCAUAUCCUACCGAAGAAAAUGACUUGUGGUCUUCUCGGUUAGAUUAUAACAUCAAUCUUAUAAUUGGAGAUCCGGGAAUGGGUAAAAGUGAGCUAGUAAAAAGCUUAAAAAAUAAAUGUUCUCCCGAAUAUUGGACAGUUUUAAUUAGUCCCAAGGAUGUUAAUUUAUUUUUUCGCAAUCUCGACUUCUCUAAAACGGAAAAUUGUUCAGACUUAUUCGUAAAAUUCAUCACAAAUAAAAAAUAUGUGUCGCUCAAAAAACUAGAUCUAAUGUUAUUCAAAAUGUGCAUAAAGAAAAACAACGUAGUUUAUGUGUGGGACGCAGUCGAUGAAAUCUUAAAUGAUAAAUUAGAUGCCGCUUUAAAUAUAAUUCUCCAUCUUUCAACGAAAGGGUUUCGUCAGUGGGUUACAAGCAGACGCAUUUAAAAUCAACUCUAGAAAAAAAGUUCAGUUUGUUGUCACUUAGUAUAAAUCAAUUUAACGAACAAGAACAAGAAAAAUAUAUCAGAAAACGUUUAAAAUCUUUUAAUUCUAAGUAUAACAUUGACGUCACGGUCGAAAAAAUCAAAUCGUCUUUUGCGAUUGUGGAACACGUAGACAUACUAGGUAUCCCUUUGCAAAUAUUCAUGCUUACCGAACUGUUCCGUGAAAAUGGCGAAAAAUAUUUGGAACUAAUGGACAACACAUUUCUCUUGACUGACUUGUACGACUAUUUCAUUGACGAAAAAUUUAAUAAUUAUUACAAACACAAAAUUGGGUACGAUUUAGGAAAUCUCCAAAUAGAAAUUAUAGUCCGUGAAAAAAAACGAAAAGCUUCAGAGUAUUACGAAGGUGUGUCCUUUAGAGUAAUAUUUGACGAAGAAAUUAUGCAGCGACUGAAUAUUGAUUACGAAAAAUGCGUACGGAAACUUUUACGAAGUUAUGCUUCUCUCGGUCUUGUAAAUGAAUUUCAAGAUGAUGUUCCACGUUUCGUGCAUAGUUCCUUCGCUGAAUAUCUAGUUGCUAGGUACUUUUCAGAAAAUAUUAAUAAUUUUAAAGACACAAUUGCGGACUUGUUGUUUGACGCAAGGUAUAAUAACGUUCGAUUCUUUUUUGACAUGUUGUUGGCUAAAAACUCAAAAGCUCACAUUGCUGUAUUGUAUAAACGUUACGAAUUACUUAAAACGUAUGACGACGAAAUUUUAAAAAGCCAAGAUAAAGGGGGAAGAAGUGUUUUACAUUUGAUUUCGUCAUGGGGGCAAAGACAUCCGCGUGUAAAAUUAUUGCAUCUACAGAACGAGUGUUUAGUGAUCGAUUGGAAUCUCAAUAAUAAUAGCAAUUUUGAUAAAAAAACGGAAACCAAAGUAUACUUUGAAACGAUGACGUAUUUGCAACGAAAAAACGGUGCUGGCCAACGUGAUAUUUUGUUAGAUGCGACUCCGUUGUCUUAUGCCCGAAGAAGUGAGAGCCUAGGAGCACAAAUACAAUUACUACAAACAAAAAAGGAUGAGCUGAGACAAUCUCGCGAUGACAUAAUUAAUUUUAUAUAUUAUUCUGCUUUACUGGGUUACGACGACUUGUGCAAACACUUCACAGUGGAAGAGUUGAAUAAUUUUUGGCGCGAUGUGGAAAUUGUUACUGUAGAAAAUGCUGAAACACCUCUGUGGCUCGCCUCUGAAAAUGGUAAUUUAAAAAUCGUUGAGUAUUUUGUAAGAUCUGGUGUCGACAUCAACUGUGUUAAUAUAUUCGGUGCGACACCACUUUACGUAGCUUCACGAAACGGUCACGAAAAAGUUGUCGAAUACUUGGCGACAGUCGGCGCCGAAAUCAAUCGCGCUCAGAAUGACGGUGCGACACCACUUUACGUAGCUUCACAAAACGGUCACGAAAAAGUUGUCGAAUACUUGACGACAGUCGGCGCCGAAAUUGAUCGUGCUACUAAUGAUGGUCGAACACCGCUUUAUAUAGCUGCUUUCAAUGGUCACGAAAAAGUUGUCGAAUACUUGGCGACAGUCGGCGCCGAAAUCAAUCGCGCUGAUAAUCAGGGUUGGACGUCACUUCACAUAGUUUCACAAGAAGGUCACGAAAAAGUUGUCGAAUACUUGACGACAGUCGGCACCGAAAUCAAUCGCGCUACUAAUGAUGGUCGAACACCGCUUUACAUAGCUUCACAAAACGGUCACGAAAAAGUUGUCGAAUACUUGGCGACAGUCGGUGCCGAAAUCAAUCCCGCCACUAAUGAUGGUCGAACACCGCUUUACAUAGCUUCUUUCAAUGGUCACGAAAAAGUUGCCGAAUACUUGGCGACAGUCGGCGCCGAAAUCAAUCGUGCUAACAACGCGGGUUUUACACCACUUUACGCUGCUUCACAAAACGGUCACAAAAAAGUUGUCGAAUACUUGGCGACAGUCGGCGCCGAAAUCAAUCGUGCUAAUAAAAACAAUGCGACACCACUUUUCAUAGCUUCACAAAACGGUCACGAAAAAGUUGUCGAAUACUUGGCGAUAGUCGGCGCCGAAAUCAAUUGCGCUACUAAUGAGGGUUUUACACCACUUUACGUAGCUUCACAAAACGGUCACGAAAAAGUUGUCGAAUACUUGGCGACAGUUGGCGCUGAAAUCAAUCGCGCUACUCAUGACGGUUGGACACCACUUCUUGCAGCUUCCUUGAACGGCUACGAAAAGGUUGUCGAAUACUUGGUGACAGUCGGUGCCGAAAUCAAUUACGCUCUUGACGGCCGUUGGACAUCACUUUUCUCAGCUGCUCAGAAUGGCCACAAAAAAAUUGUCGAAUUUUUGUCAACAGUCGGUGCUGACAUUAAUCGCGGGGAUAUCGACGGUUGGACACCACUUUACGUAGCCUCUUUCAACGGCCACGAAAAAGUUGUCGAAUACUUGACAUCAGUCGGUGCUGAAAUCAAUCGCGCUGCUGAUGACGGAAAAACACCACUUGACGUAGCUUCCGAAAAGGGUCACCAAAAAAUUGUAGAAUGCUUAAUAAGAGCCGGCGCUCAAACCGAGGAUCAUUCCUUUACAAGGGGAAGUAAGAAAAAAAAUUCCCUAAACCGUCCAGAUGCACCGUAAUGUAGUAAGAAGAAUGUUCUUGCUUGAAGAUCGUAUCUCAUUAAAUUGAACUAGGCAUGAAGAAUAAUAUCCAAAAUACCAACCUAGUUUUAUCCUACCUAAUGAUUUCCAAGAAAAAUGGAAGUUUAUCCUGAGGUUUUUAAUUAAUUUAAAUAAUAAUUUAAAGUCUGGUUAA